GGAGAGCAGAGAGCAGAGGAGCUCUUCCCCGAACCAGAUGCCGGUUGUGUGGGUGUCUGUGUGAAGUCACUAAUGUUUCACUGAAAAGUGUGGCAAUAAAAGCUGUAUUUUGCAAACCUGAUCUCUGUCCUGCCGUCCUCUGUGCUCCACCCUUCGUUAGAACUGUUACAGUGGUGCCGAAACCCGGGACACUGGAGCACAGCAGCCUAACAGCCCCAUGGAGUCCUCCCCGUUCGCCGAACUGGUCCACGCCCUCGCCACGGCCCAGCAAAGCCAGCACCAGGCGCUACUCACCCUCCAAAAGGAGCAAGAACAGCGGUUCGAGGCCCUGGUGUUGGCCCAACAAGAAGAUCGACAGGCGUUCCGGCACCUCCUCGCGUCGGCGGGGUCCACCAACGCUCCCACCGCGGGCCUGUCCCCCCUCACCCUAACAAAGAUGGGCCCGCAGGACGACCCCGAGGCAUUCAUCACAGUCUUUGAGCAAGUCGCAGAGACCUCAGGGUGGCCGAUGGAGCAGCGCACGACGCGCCUCCUCCCCCUGCUAACGGGAGAGGCACAGCUGGCCGCGCUACAGCGCCCCACCGACCACCGGCUGGCCUACACGGACCUUCGCCGGGCCAUCCUCCAGCGUGUGGGGCGCACCCCUGAACAGCAGCGUCAGCGCUUCCGCGCUUUGUGCUUGGAGGAAGUCGGCCGGCCGUUCGCGUUUGGCCAGCAACUCUGGGACGCCUGCUGGCGGUGGUUGAGGGCCGACAACCGCGACGCCGAGGGGAUCAUCGACCAGGUAGUGCUGGAGCAAUUCAUUGCACGCUUGCCAUCAGGUGUAGUGAUUCUGCCACUUACCUUCCCUGACUCCGCUCUCCUGUCACAGACUGGUGCUUGACCACGCCCCUGCUGCCACACUCAGCUACUCGUGUUUCUACACAGAUCUCAGCAUGCUUGGCAGCUUACCACGUGAAACUAAAUCCCAGCAAGUCUGAGCUUCUGUGCAUCCCUGGAGAUGCAUCCUCAUGUCAAGAUCUCAAUCUCCCUGGACAAAGCUGAUCUCACCAUCUGUCAUGUAACUUUGGGGCAACCAUGGACAUUCAACUUUCCUUCUUGCCUCAGUCAAGGAUUUCUACUGACAGUGGCCACUCAGGUGCUUGUUGAGUCUCUUGUCAUUUCAAGACUGGACUACUGCAACUUGCUCCUGGCAGGUCUGCCUGUGUGCGGAUGCAUCAUUCAACUUCUGCAACUCAUCCAGAAUGCCGCUGCAUGACUUGCUUUCGAGCUCCACAAGUUCUCCAAGACUACCCCGCUGUUAUACAUCCCCCAGGUGUGGCUUCCUGUAACUGCCCACAUUAGAUUUAAAACACUGAUGGACCAGUCCUCACCUACCUUAAAGCUCUGAUCAUACCCCACCACACUGCACUACACUACACUACCUCCAAUCCUCUCGCACUACUCGACUCGACCCACCAACCCUCAGGGUACAAGGAAGGCAUGUAUCAAGACUUCUCUGUUCUAGCACCCUAGAUGUCUGAAAAACUGAGUCACUAACUGUCUUCAGACCUACCUCAUCU